CUUGGGGGCGUGAAAUCAAGCGGGCGAGAACGACUGCGGGUUGUACGCUGACUGCCACUCCUGCAGGAGCCAGAUGGAGGCGAUCUCUGCCAAGGAAGGCUUCGUGGGUUCUCCUGAAGGCGUGGGGGCGGGGGAGGCCAUCGCAGUGGGCGUGGAAGGGGAGGACACAGAGGCCAAGGCGGUGUUGGAGGAUGACGACGACUCCGAGGCGAGCGACCUCAAGCCCAUCCUUGACGCGAGAGAGCGCCUUCGUCAGGUGAUGACGUCGACUGCUUUUCAGUGGACGGUGGUGGCCCUGGUGUUGCUCGACUCAGGGUUGGUGAUUGGCGAGCUGCUGCUAGAACUCGGAUCCCAUGGCACCCACACCCUGGCACCCUGGGUCCUCCACAUCCUCUCGCUGACUCUCCUCGCCUUAUUUACCCUGGAGAUCGCCCUGAAGCUCUACGCCUAUCGACUCGAGUUUUUCACCCACAAGGCCGAAGUAUUCGACGCCAUCGUGGUCUUGGUGGCUCUCUGCCUCGACGCCAUCUACCUGCACGCUGACGACGCCCGCAUCGGCACGGGCCUCAUCAUCAUUCUCAGGAUCUGGAGGGUUGUCAGGAUACAAAACGUCGACCACCCUCGCCACAAUGAGCUCAGGGCGCCAGCCAGGCCAGAACGCAGCGGCUCGGUCGAGGAGGACCACCGGAGGCUCCUCGAGUACGCGGAAACCCUCAAGGAGAAGCUCAGGGAACACGACGUCGAUUUCGAAGAAGACACGCCUGCCAGGUGGUAGGUGAGAGAGAGAGAGAUAGAGAGAGAGAGAGAGAGAGAGAGUGAGAGAG